AUGCCAACAGCAAUCACGUAUGACCUCAGGAAACACGUUUGGCUUCAUGCAGAACGUGUCUCCAAUGUUUCCAGUACGAACUUCCCUGGACACUACCCAGAAGAGGACCACUCAUGGGUAGUCUCACCUAGUCAGGACCAUAUAGAAGGAAGACAAAAGAUUAUCAAAACCGCUCCAGUUGAAUUUGACCUAGUGGGUGUGGAUGCGUCCAUCGCGAAUGCGUACAGGAGAAUACUGAUUGCAGAGGACAAAGUUUACGUUUGGGACAACACUUCAGUUGUCGUUGAUGAAGUGCUUGCACAACGAAUAGGUCUCGUGCCUCUGAAUGUCAAAAUGAUCAAGCCUACUGACCGUAAUACACUCGUGUUUCGGUUACAAGUUGCCUGCCAGCGUCGGAAGCAUGCGCCAAAAGAUACCACAGACCCCAGCAAGCUGUAUAUCAACCAUGAGGUCCUGUCCUCACAUUUUAGACGAGUUCCGCAAGGAGAGCAAGAGGUUGUUGUGGCAGACAAUCCCCCUGCACCUACGAAUUUAGACAUUGUGCUGACAAAACUACAACCCGGGCAAGAAAUUGAUAUGGAGCUACAUGCCGUCAAGGGAGUAGGGAAAGACCAUGCAAAAUUUUGUCCAGUCGCGACGGCGUCAUAUCGUCUACUACCAUUGGUGAUUUUGAACCCAGAUAAACUGGUACCUCGAGAACUUGCAGAUUUUUUUCAGAAAUGCUUCUCGCCAGGUGUCGUUCAAGUAGAUCCUCGAACGAAAGCCGUCAGCGUGGACAGUAAGAAAAUGCAGAAGGAGAUGAUGAGUAGAGAAGUGUAUAGACACCCAGAGUUUGAAGGAUGCAUUCGACUUGUCCGCGUGCGAGAUCAUUUCUUAUUCAACAUCGAGUCUGAGGGAUUCUAUCCUCCACAACGUCUACUUCCAGAAGCAAUUACUGUCAUGCGAGCCAAGAUAGCUACCAGUACGUGCUGCGGAAACUUUACUAAAUAAUGGCGAUGACGUCGAGGACGUUGAGAUGGCAGAUGCGUAAUCGUGUACGCUGCCCAUUCGUAUUCUGACUGCUUAUUUUGUACUACUUUAUCUUUGUAGCUGCUUUAUCAUGCGAGCGAGUGCUCUUCAGACUAUUCUACAAGCGUGCGCCAGAGACAAGCGUAUCGUGCCAUCUCUUCUAUGUUGAUAAGUACUGAUGCAUCGAUGUGGUACAUACCCCAACUGGACAAAAAAUGAUUCCCAAAACCCCCUGGCUGUUUGAAAACCAAGUUUUCUUUCCUGAACUCGGAGCCAUCCUUGAGGCACUGAUUGGUUGGACAUAGUUGUAAAAGGAGAACCCUCCCCACAAAUGGUCUCGAGUUCGGGAAGUAUGUCGAGGAGGAUGCGAGCAA